CGUGAACGCGUCUUCGCGCGCCGCCGCCUUUCGCGUUCCUUUUAAUCCGCGUGCCCGUGGGUUAGCCUGUGUGUCCACGCCGAGGGUUUCCAUCAGGAUUGAAUAAUGCCGUCAAAAGUCAUCUUUGAAAGCGAGGAACAUACCAUGGAUGAAGAUGUGGACACUGUCGCAGAGGCUACGACCUUAAAGAUGAAGACCAAGGAGGAGAAGAAGAAGAAGAAGAAGAAACAGGAGCAGGAGGUUGAAGAGCAGGAGGAUGCAGGCUGUGACCCUCCUGCCCCAAAGAAGAAAAAGAAAAAAGACAAGCUGGCAGCGGACCAAGUCAACGGCCACAUCGAUGAGACCACUGACAUAAAUGGAGACUGCAAUGGUGUUGAAUCACCUAAGCAGAAAACCAAGAAGAAAAAGGAAUCAUCUGAGAAAAACAAGAAACCAAAGAAAGCAAACGCAGAGGCAGCGACCAAUGGACAUUCCACCCCAAACACACCAGUUCAAACCCCUGUCCAGACACCAUCCCAGUCCAGUGAUGACUCAGCCAGUGACAGCGAACGUGAAAAUGAGCAGACACCUGAGCAGAGAGAAGGGGCGUUCUCCAACUUCAGAAUCUCCCAAGUUACUAUUGAAAAACUGAAAGCUCGGGGAGUCUCCUACUUGUUUGACAUUCAGGUAAAGUCGUUCAAUCCUGUGUAUGACGGCGAGGAUGUAAUUGCUCAAGCCCGCACAGGAACAGGAAAGACUUUCUCCUUUGCUGUACCUUUGGUGGAGAAGCUCCAGAUGGAAUCAGUAGAGAGGGCCAGAGGGCGGCCUCCUAAGGUGCUGGUUCUGACUCCUACCAGAGAGUUGGCUAUCCAAGUUGCAAAGGACUUCAAGGACAUCAUCAAGAGACUGACACUAUGCUGUUUUUAUGGAGGCAGCUCAUACAAGCCACAAAUCGAUUCCAUACGUACUGGGAUUGAUAUUUUGGUGGGAACUCCUGGUCGGAUUAAAGAUCACCUUCAGAACAAUAAGCUCAACCUGGCUGAAUUAAAACAUGUUGUUCUGGAUGAAGUGGACCAGAUGUUGGACAUGGGCUUUGCAGAACAGGUUGAAGAGAUUUUGAGUUGUUCAUACAAGAAAGACGGCUCUGCUAACCCACAGACUCUUCUGUUUUCGGCCACCUGCCCCCCCUGGGUGUAUGAUGUGGCCAAGAAAUACAUGAGACCUGAGUGCAAGCAUAUUGACUUGAUUGGCAAGAAAACACAAAAAGCUGCAACAACAGUUGAGCAUUUGGCCAUUACAUGUCACUGGUCACAGCGUGCAGCCGUCAUAGGAGACGUGAUCCAGGUUUACAGCGGCAGCCACGGCAGGACCAUCGUCUUCUGUGAGACAAAAAGGGAGGCCACUGAACUUUCCUUAAACGAAUCCAUCAAACAGAGCGCCCAGUCCCUUCAUGGUGACAUUCCACAGAAACAGAGGGAGACGACACUGAAAGGCUUCAGGAACGGUGCCUUUGAGGUUCUGGUUGCCACCAAUGUUGCAGCUCGUGGAUUAGACAUCCCUGAAGUGGACCUGGUGAUCCAGUCGUCUCCUCCUAAGGAUGUAGAGUCGUACAUCCAUCGUUCAGGACGAACGGGCCGCGCAGGCAGGACUGGAGUCUGCAUCUGCUUCUAUCAAAGGAAAGAAGAGGACCAGCUGCGCUACGUAGAACACAAAGCAGGAAUCACAUUCAGGCGAGUGGGUGUUCCAACUGCUAAUGAUAUCAUCAAGUCAUCGAGCAAAGAUGCAAUGAAGUUCCUAGACUCUGUUCCAGCCACAGCUGUUGAAUAUUUUAGAGAAUUUGCUGAGAAGCUGAUUGAAGAGAAAGGAGCAGUAGAUGCUCUGGCUGCUGCUCUGGCCCAUAUUUCUGGAGCUACAAGUGUAGAAAUGCGAUCGCUGCUCAACUCUGAUUCUGGUUACACCACUAUACAGCUGCAGUGCUCGCAGGAGAUGCAUAAUAUAGGCUAUGCUUGGAAAUCCAUCAAAGAACAGCUUGGAGAGGAGUUUGAAAACCAGAUUCACAGGAUGACCUUCCUGAAAGGCAAAACU